AUGGCGGCAAGCAAGCUCCUCCUCUUCGUCCAGUUCAUCGCCAUCGCGACCAUCGCGAGCUGCGUCUCCGUCACCGACAAGCGAGCGACCGGCGGCUACGUUCAAAACCCCUCUGGCAGCGCCUCCUUCACGCACUACUCCGGGUGCUCCCAGCCAGCUUGCGGAAUCGCGGCGAGCGGCUACACCGCAGCGGUGAACCAGCUCACGUUCGGGUCGGCACCGGGACUGGGGCCUGGGGACGCGUGCGGCCGCUGCUUCUCCCUCACGGCGAACGCAGACCCGUACUCGCCCGCGUACACGGGCCCGUUCCACACCAUCAUUGUCAAGGUCACCGACCUCUGCCCCGUCUCGGGCAACCAGGAGUGGUGCGGUCAGUCACAGAGCAACCAGAAGAACCAGCACAACGAGCCCGUCCACUUCGACAUCUGCGAGGACACCGGAGGCGCGAACGCGUUCUUCCCCUCUGGCCACGGCGCGCUCACGGGAACGUUUACGGAAGUGUCGUGCAGCCAGUGGUCCGGGUCAGAUGGUGGCUCGCUUUGGAACGGCUCGUGCAUCAAGGGCGAAUCUGCCGGACUUUGGCCGUCGGUCGGCUGCGGAAACCAGGGUACUGCCCCUUGA